UUCGGGAACUCGAAAAAGAUUGUGAUUUGGAGUUAGAGAGACUGCUCAGCUGGUUAGCAUCCGGGUUCUGAGCACUUUCCGACAUUUCUAUUUUUGCAUCAUUGUAUGGUCGUGGCGUAUUUUGUUAUUUGUUAUGAAAUGAUGCGUCCUUUCUUGUAUUAUAAAUGAACUCAUAUUGUAUAGUGUACAUAAAUUUCUAUCUUGUAAAUACAUUGUUACGUCAUUUCUGUGUCUGUAAACACUGUUUUUAAACGACCUCUUCAUUACGUGCGAAAGAUGGCCAUGGUUCGUCAACUGACAGAAGGUGAAAUAGUAAAUGGAAACACACCAGAAGAUGACAGUCAAUCUUCUGAACAAGUUAAAUGUAAUAAUAGUCGACCAUCAUCACGUUGUUCAUCUGCUGGUAGUAAAAGAGAUUCUCCUGUAAUGCCUACACUUCAGUAUACAAAAGAAGAGCUAAUGAAAUAUUCAAAUUCGCCAUUAUCUAAGGUUUGGCCUGCCAGACUGGAUCCAGCAUAUAAUAAUGCUACUGGAAAAUGGGACCCAGAACGAUGGUUUAUGAAUCACAGGAGUGAUCGACUCAUGCCUUUGGAUGAACCUCGUUCAAAGCGAGAAAGGCAGGAAGAUAGUAUCGUAAGCCACAAAAGAAAGUCUUCUGAUCCGAAAGAGCGCAUCAAAGAAGAGAAGGACGACAUAGUUCUUAGUCCUCAACGAAGAAGUUUUGGAACAGGUUGCCAUGUCAUUCAACAAUCAUCUUUAGCUAGAAGACCUGGUAGUCCUACCGAUGGAAGAGACUCUGAAAAUUUCAGGGAACCAUCUAGAAGAAUUGGUAGUGGUCGCAUCAUAACCAGAGAUCGAGAUCAGAGAGACUGGGAUCGUGAUAGAGAAUAUGGCUAUGGUAACAGAAAUGAUCGUAGGGAUCGCUUUGAUCAGGAUGAUACCGAUAAGGAAUUGAGACGAUAUUCUGGUCGUUAUCGUACAGAUCGACGUUCAAGAGGUGGUCGUGAUCGUAUUGAUGAAGUUGAACCUGAAUGGUUUAGUGGAGGACCAACUAGUCAGUCUGAAACUAUUGAACUUGUUGGUUUUGAAGAUCCACAUAACGAUGGUGAAAAUCGAAAACCUGCAAAAAAGAAAAGAUCAAAACAAAAUUCUCGUCGUUCUAGUUUGAAAUCAGAUGAAGGUGAAAAAAUUGAAGCAGUUCUGUCUGAUGAUAAAAACACACAAAAGAAAGGUGAAACUAAAUCCGAUGAUUCUAAACAACCUAUAGCUGAAGUUAAAGAAACAGAAGAGCCUCAAGAUGCUAAGUCAGGCAAUACUGGUUUUGAUUUGGAGCAGUUGUUUAAAAUGGAUUGGAUACCUGGUUUAAUCCAAAAUGAAGCACCUCCAGAAAAUAAUGAUAAAGAAAUGGGUUGUAGUCGCUUCAGUCAGUGGUUUCGUAAAGAAAGCCCAUUACCUGAAGGACCUGAAUCUGGAAAUAACAGUAGGCGAUCAUCUCUUCAUGAGGAACUAAUUGCUAACGUAUUGAAUAGUAUUGUUGAACCACAAAUAAAGAUACCAUCUCCAACAGACAAUUCAUCUGACAACUUUUUUGCACCUAUCAGUCCUGCCCUAUCUCGUUCUCCAAAUUAUGCUUUGCCCCAAAAAAUGUCAACUAGUACCAGCAAAGACAUAAUGGAGAUGCUUCAGUCUGCUAAUUCGGGUAGUGAGUCAUCUGUUAAUGGUGGUGCUCCAAAUGAGUCUGCUAAAACUGUUCGAGAAUUAGAAGCUGAUCUUAAAAGAAUUGUAUUGGGUGACAAAAAGCCUACUGAAGAAAAAUCUGCUUUUGAUAAAUUGCUGCAGCAUAUGUCAGAUUCUAAUAACCAACAGUCAGCCCCCAUGACUUGUGGAUAUGGAAUUGUUGAUACAUCAAAAGCUUUGAAAGAGGAAGAUAUUCUCAAAGACAUGAUUUGUGCUCCACAACGACCAUCGUCACCUGGUCAGACAUUUAAUAUUUUUGAAGAAAAGCAGAACAUUUUUAAAAUGCCCUCUGGGGCAUCUUCAACAUAUUCUCAACAAAAUCAAAGUUCACAAAAUGAUGCCUUUGUUCAACUAAUGCAGCAAAAACAGCAUGAACAGCAUUUGCAACAAUUGAGUCAACAACAGCAGAUGCAUCAACAGCAACUGCAAGAACAGCAGUUACAGAAUCAUAUUCAACAAAAUCAGCAACAUAAUCAAAAUGUUGGUAUGCAGGGAUUUACUUUUGAUGUGCUGUCUAAAAUUUUAAAUAACUCAGCACAGGCACCCAUCAGCCCAGCUUCACCUGGACUUCAACAAUCAGGAUCUGGACAGUCAUUGAACAGAAAUGAUCUGCAAGCUGCUCUUCAGUUGCAAAGACAGCAAGAAUUAUUGUCUUCCAUCUUAAAGCAACAGCAGCAGCAGCAACAACAACAGCAACAAUUAUCUCAACGUAAUGUGCUCCAGGCUAUGCAACAGCGUCGUUGUCCGUCCGCCAAAGAGAUUCCCAUUCAACAAACUCUGGCACUUCCUACUCUUGGAAUAAGUCCACGUCAGUCACCCUUGCCUGUUGAUGCUAUUGGUUCAGCAAUUCCAAAUCAGGGACGUAUACCUUCGCCUCUUGUCUUUGGUCAGCAACCACCUGCUCUAAGCCAUGCACCAGCACCUAUACAUCCAGCAGCUCUUGUUCAAGCAAUGGCUCAAAAUUCGGCUAGCCCUAACACUUUGCAAGUACAGAACCCAGUUGUCCUUCAACGUGUUCCAUCACCUCAGGAGCUGGCUGUACAUACACAAUCCAUUUUGCAAAACGCACUUAUAAAACGGAAAUUAGAAGAACAGAAAGAAAAUUUUAGAAAAAGACAGGAAGCCCAGAGGUCCACGUCCCCUUCCGCUUCAAAUGCUACAAAGAAUGGAGUAUCUCCAUCUUCUCUCAAGGGGCUUAGUCCUACUAUUGCAUUUACUCCUACUUCAGUCAUGAGAAAAAUACAGUCUGAAAAAACAGAAAAUAAGGAACAAAAAAUUAAUCAGCAGCAAAAUGGAACUAAAUUUCCAGGCUCUAAUGAUAUUAGAAUGUCUGAUGCUGCUCAGAAUUUCCAGAAAUUAAGCUCGGGUGGUCUGUCAAAUAUGGGAAUCUCAACAGGCACUGAUACCAGUUUUGGUUUAAUGAAUAAUUUAGCAAGCUCACAAAAUACUAGUGGUUUGAAUCAAGUCCCUAGGGCAGUCCAUGGACAAAAUCUAUCACAACCACGAUCCAUUCAUGGUGUCAUGAACUCGGUUGCACCUCAACUUUCCAUGCCCAGUCAGGGCCGGCCAAUUGUGAAAGUAGGAAUGAGUCAGCCUCUUAACCCCAAUUCUGACCUUUCAAGAUCAGGCAUCAUGUCAAAUAAAGCUAAUAUUAGUCAUAACAAAUCAUUUAUGUCAAGUAACAAUCAAGCUCAUAAUGUGCAUCAUGAUGUUGAAUCUAAUUUUGAUGCAAUGAAUAAGUACACCUGGCCCCAGCUCUCAAGACAACAAAAUGUUUCUGGAAUGCCUGCUCAACUGCAAAUGGCAGCCACUUACGCUGCUCUCAAUCGACCUCUGAAUCCUCAUCACCCUAACCUAAUGAGACCAAUGAACAUACCUUCAGCUGGAAAUGUCUCUUCUUCGAAUAUUAACUUUCCUUUAUUAAGAAAUAGUGUUCAAAAUCCCAUUAGAGCUGCACAAACCAAUUCUGUCAAUCCUCUCAAUCAUUUGAACCAACUUGCUGCUCUGCAGAUGCAACGAAACUCCAUUGAUAGUCGUCAAUUGCAGGCUCUUGCUCAGUCACAAAGGAUACAUCCUGCUGCUCUGCAGCACAUUCUUAUGAAUUCUCAGAAUCAAGUGACUGCUGCACAAGCUCAAGUUGUUGGAGGCUUUCCUGGAAAUCGUGAUGCUAAACAUCAACAUCUUUUACCUGGUCAACCAUCUGCCAAUCGCCAAUCCCCUGUCAAUCUUGCCAAAUGGUUUGGAAAUGAUGUACUGAAGCAGAAAAUGCCGGAAAUGCCUCCAAGCACUCAACAAAAAGCCCUACUUGUUGAAGAAGUUGAGCGACAGCAGCAGCAGUCUACCGCUGUCCAUAACUAAACAGAUGCUAUUAAUCCUUUAUGAGCAGAAUGAACCUUGGCCUAUCUAGAGUUACUAUUUUACAAUUAGGUGUAUAUAUGUUGGUGCCGUCUAAUAUGUUAAGUCUGAUUUUUUUUUGAAGUGUUUAUUGGUUGAGAAAAAAAAAAAAUUGUAUGAAUUUAUUUUGUUUUUGUGUAUUUUGUAUCUAUAUGAACCCAUAAAACUGUGAUAUUAAAAAAGUUACAAUUCUGUGUGAUUGGAAAUGAAGUGUGUGAUGCGUCCUCUGAGCUAAUAGAUACUGUUUUUUAGCCGUUUUUCUUUCUUUAUUUUUCAGUCAAAGCCUCCUAAAAAUAAACAUAAAAUGGAGGUAAAAAAUAACAAAAAAAAGGAAAACUUUAGGUGCUCAGAUUGUAAAUUGUGUAGACAUUGGUGUAAAAUGAAGACAGCUAUAUUUUUUGAAAUGGAAUGUAAGCCAAGGAGGCUUUGUAUAAUUAUUUUUUCUCCUGUUGAAAUCAACGAUAUUUGUGUGCUGUAAAUGUGUAAUUUAGUGUUUUUCUAUCUUUCUGUCCUUAUUCUUUUUUUUAUGUGUUCGGAUCAGUGUGCACUGCACAUGUAUCUUGUAGUGUGUGUGUUUGAUUUGAAUUGGAAAAAAGCCUGUAAUUUUUUUAUAGGGCUAGACACAUUGUACAUUGGAAUUAUUCUCCCCAGUUGUAUAAAUAUAAAUGUAUAUAUAUAAUAUGUGCGUGUGUGUGAAAGUUGGAGAGAAAUAAAUUGUGUUGGAACAUUCCUAACAUCGCGAAGAUGUCUCGGUUUCUGUAAAAUAUUUAUCUUCCUAUGCUGUCGCAUUCUCAGACAGUUCAUGCCUUAGAUUUAGUUAAGGCAAAUUAGCUCUUUGGUAUUUGCUACAUUAUUAACUAAAUAAUUUGUUGUUCUGUUUUGAACUUCAGAUGUCCUUUUACUUAAUUUGCAGUGUUGUAGCUGUACAAAUCCGUUUUAGUUAGCGCCAGUAUCUUGGCUGCCUUGAACCUGUUCUGCACCCUCAUACUCCUUGUGUUUUUUUUUGUAUAAUGUUUAUUUUGACCUGUUUACUAGAGUUCUAUAUAUAUAUAUAUUUUCAUUGAUAUUCUUUAAAAAGCAAAUUUUGCUUAAAGUAUCAAUUAGGAAUUAUUAUUUAUAUUAAAAAAAUCUUCUUUGAAAAUGGAUUAAUUUUUAUCAUUUCGGGAAACAUUUGGGAAUGUGUUAAGAAAUGUCAAUACAUUUUUAAAUGGAGACUCCAUGUGCUACAUGUAUUGUAAUAACUUUACAAAAAAGAGAAUACUGACUUCAUGUCAUUGAAAAUGUAUUUGUAUUUCUAAAUUUGUCUUCAUAUUUUUCCUCUGAAUUUUGUUCUCAAAAUAUACUGACAUUUGAUUGUUCAUUGCUUAUAACUUUUUUAGAAAGAAAGAAAAAACAUCUCCAAUAAAGUCUGCUCCUGAAACUUUA